AUCUUUGCUCUUUGGUUACCGUAAAUUGUCAAAACUCAAAAUGAUUUUUUGAGAUAAUAUUUGCCGAUGAAAACAUAAAUUUAUGAUAUUUAUUUACCAUGGGAGGCUCACAAAGCACUCGAAAGCUUAGUGUCGACAACGAUAACGCCAUACAAGUGUCUCAAGAAGCAUUAGACCGAAUACAAUCACAACUCAGUGCAAAUAAAAUCGAACAACCAAGUCCACAGCAGUAUGCGCCACCACCUCCAGUAUAUGAUACACAAAAGCAUGCAGCAGAAGAAGCUUAUUGGGUGCACCGCAUAGAAAACUUGAAGAGGGCCCAUGAAAAAAUUAAUAGUGGAAUGCACAUAGAAUACCAGAAAACUCUUAAAGAAGCAAAUGAGUUAUUUGAAUUGGUAAAAGCAGAUAAAAUCGCCACCAAACUACCUCCAUGCCAAGAAGAAAAAGCUAAGGUCCUGGAAUGUUAUUCCCAAAACCCUAACAAAUCCCUGGUGUGUUCAGUGCUUGUAAAUCAAUUUAAUGACUGUGUGUGCAAGAGCCGUCUUGCUGCGAUCACUGCGAGCCCCUGAGCUACCGAGUUUAUUUAAAUAAUCUGCAAUCUAACACUAGGAAAGUAUAUGCAGUAGUUAAUAUUAUCAAUAAAUUGUUUAUUUAAUGGUU